GUUAAAACAAUCCAAACCUGUGAGGGUGUCGCUCUCUCUCCCAUCUCGAGGGCUGCUUCUCUUGCUCUGGGUCCUCUUUUUAUGUUUCACGCAUGUAUAUAUGCCUUUCCACCAGUUUCCCGUAUCGCAGAAAACCAGAGUUCUUGAGGAGGCAAAUUUGAUCGUCGUCUCGAAGUGAAACCAUGUUCUACGAACCGGGCAAGACGGAGCAUAACCUGCCCUAUGAUCCGUUCAAGGCCUGCGUCAUCCCACGCCCGAUAGGCUGGAUCAGCACCGUCUCGCCUCCCCAACCAUCCACAUCUACUUCCGACUCCGCCAGCAGCAAUGGCCACCUCGAGCCAGAGACAUCGCCAUCGGGGUCGACAUCGGGAACAACAACGCGGACCGCCAACCUCGCGCCCUUCAGCCAAUUCAACAACCUGACCUUCGACCCGCCGUUCGUCAUGUUCUCGGCGAACCAGACGCCCUCGGGCGCGCAAAAGGACACGGUGCGCAACGUCGAGGCCACGGGCGUCUUCUGCUGGCAGCUCGCGACCUGGGACCUGCGUGAGGCCGUCAACAUCUCCGCCGAGCAGGUCGCCUACGGGGUCGACGAGUUCGAGCGCGCGGGCCUGGACAAGGAGUGGUCCACCGUGCUCACGACGCCGGUGCCCAUGGUCAAAGCCUCGCCCGUCAAGUUCGAGUGCGAGUACCACUCCACGCUGCGCUUGCCGGGGAAUCCGCCCAUGGGCACCGUCGACGUGGUGAUUGGCAAGGUCGUGGGGAUCCAUAUCGACGACCGUGUCCUGACUGAGGACGGGAAGAUCGAUGUCGCAAAAACGCUACCCAUCGCAAGGUGCGGCUAUUACGACUACGCCGUCGUCCGGGAGACGUUCGAGAUGAUCAUUCCCGGCACCACCGAAGCCAUUCGCUACGGCAUGGAGGGCAAUGUGAGGAAGCACAAGGCGGCCAGAGAGGCGGCCAACAAGAUGGGCGUCAGUGAGUCGGGUCCACCGUGACAGCAGG